UAUGCGCAUGCGCUGAUUCUUCUAUUUCUUCAAUUUUUGACUUUGAGUAACUCUGAAAGAUCUUCAACCAUCCCUAUUUAGCCUACUCAAAAUGCCUUCUAAAGCCGUCAAGAAAGGAGCCGGGAGCAAAAAGGGAAGUAAAGCAAAGAAAAUCCAGCUAAAAUACACUGUAGACUGUACCACACCAGUAGAGGACGAGAUUAUGGACGCUGGAGCAUUUGAAGAUUUCCUGAGGGCUCGUAUUAAGGUUGGUGGUAAGACUGGUAACCUUGGGAAUGAAGUGAACCUGGCACGUGACAAGAACUUGUUGACAGUGACAUCAGAGAUACCAUUUUCAAAAAGGUACUUGAAGUAUUUGACUAAGAAGUUUCUCAAGAAGAAUCAGCUCCGUGACUACAUACGUGUUGUCGCUAAUGCCAAGACCUCAUACGAGUUGAGGUACCUUCACAUUGCUGGAGCUGAAGAUGAUGAGAGUGAUGAUGAUCAAGAUUAAACCUUCUUUAUUGUUAUUAUGCUCACUGUACAUUUUGAAGAAAGUGAUUAAAAUUAUAAUUUAAGUGGAAAUUAUAAUUAAUUGCAUUUCAUGUUGCAUAUCAUAUCAGA